GCACAGGCUUUCAUUUGUCAUUUUUUUUUUUUUUUUUAAGAUUUCCCCUCUUUUUCCGAACGUAUUGUUGCACUAUUGGUAGUUCCAAAUGAGCUUUGACCGAUCUCAGAGCAGAGCGGACCAGGACACUAACGUCUUGGUUCUUGAGAGUUGAGAACCUCCACUGACUUCACAUACCUCUACAGGAAGAAAGAGAUCAGAGAGGGGAAGAAGGAAAUGGCGAAUAAGGUGACCCACAUCUCCGAUUUGAUCCACCGGGUCGCCUGCUCUUGUCUCACCCACCAUCUCGCCGGAGCCUACGGACUCGAAAGAUGCGACAGCGUCGACGGGGAAACAGAAGAGGAGGACGCUGUGGAGGAGGAGGAAGAAGAGAAGGAGGAGAAUGGACUCAAGAUCUGGGAAGAGGAGAAGGGCGCUGGUCCUGGUAGAGUGUCGGUGUGUGUGAGGGAGAUGGAGACACUGAUGGGAGAGGUGUUCGACGCGGUUUCGGCGGUGAAGAGGGCCUACGUCAGCCUCCAGGAGGCUCACUGCCCGUGGGACCCGGAUAAGAUGAGGGUCGCCGACGCGGCAGUCGUGGCAGAGCUGAGGAGGCUCGGGAGGCUUCGGGAUCGUUUUCGAAGGACCGGUUUUGGUGCCUCCGCCGCCGCCGCCGCCGCCACGCCACUGAGGGAGGCGGUGGCCCCGUACGAGGCGGCGCUUGACGAUCUGAAGAAGGAGCUCAAGGCCAAGGACGCGGAGGUGGAGAGUCUUAAGGAGAAGCUCCGGAGCACCUCUAUUGGUGGUUUCGGCAGGAAGCGCCGGCUCCAUUCCAGCAGGAGGGUCGGAUGCAUCAAUGGUUUAGGGGCCCCGGCGAUGCCCACUCCGGAGCUGUUCGAGACGUACAUGGAGGAAGUGAAGUCGGCGUCCAAGUCCUUCACCGGCCACCUCCUCUCCCUAAUGCGCUCCGCCCGCUGGGACAUCGCUGCGACGGUGCGUUCCAUCAUCGAGGGCGGCGACGGCGCAAUUGACCACAAUCCAGCCAUCGCCGAGGUGGAUCCUCACCACGCAAAGCACGCGCUGGAGUCGUACGUGAACCGGAAAGUCUUCCACGGGUUCGAGAAUGAGACGUUCUACAUCGAGGGGUCCCUCACGUCGCUGCUCCGCCCGGCCGAGUUCCGGAACGACUGUUUCGCCCAGUUCAAAGACAUGAGGGGGAUGGACCCGGCGGAGCUGCUGGGCGUGCUCCCCACGUGCCAGUUCGGCCGGUUUGCGGCCAAGAAAUAUCUGGCCAUCGUGCACCCGAAGAUGGAGGAGUCGCUGUUCGGGGGCGUGGAGCAGCGGCGGCAGGUGAUGGCCGGGGCCCACCCGAGGACGGGGUUCUACGGGGAGUUCCUGAGGCUGGCCAAGCCGGUGUGGCUGCUGCACCUGCUGGCCUUCGCGCUGGACCCGGCGCCCAACCACUUCGAGGCGAGCAAAGGGGCGGAGUUCCACCCGGAGUACAUGGAGAGCGUCGUCCGGUUCGCAGACGGCCGGUUCCCGCCUGGCUGGGUGGUGGGGUUCUCCGUUAGCCCUGGAUUCAAGCUCGGGAACGGGUCCGUGGUCAGGGCGAGGGUCUACCUUGUCCCAAGAGCACAAGGGGUGUAAAGUGCGCAUGAAUGCACUGUUGCUGUCUAGAGAUUGAACGAGCUCCCUAGCGUCGUAGGGUCGAGUCCUUACCAAAAUAGGGUCCGAGCCCCGUGCUGCUUCACAUAAUGGGUGCUUACCAUCCCAUGUAGCCAUGACGGUUCUGGAACUAUGUUGCAUUUCCUGUUUUAGUUUGUUCGUAUGCACACACGCACACACGCACACACACACACACACACACUUGAGAGUAAAUAUUCCGGAGGUGUAUUUACUAGAACGAAGUUCCCAUGCAUCUUAAAAGAGUAGCGCGUAU